UGUGUUUGCAUUAUUCAUUAUCCCUGCCAACACAUUUUUUUCAUUUUUCCCUCCAUGCACUUGCAUGAACCUUGUUAUAUAAAACAGUUUUUAUAUGGUACUGGUGAGGUGUUUAGUCUGAGUAUGUUGGCAUUUACUGGUCCAGCACUGCUUCCCUCACUGGUCUUAGCACACAAAGGUAAUGGUGUCGCCCUGUGUCCAGGCGUCGUCCAGACCACUGCCCUGCUGGACUACGAGGCCUCCGCCAGCCACAACCUGACGGUGCGGGCGCGGGACCCCUUCACCGGGGGCCACACGGACACCCACGUCACAGUCGCAGUCACGGACGUCAAUGACAACCCGCCGGAGUUCAGCCGUUCCGUCUUCAAGGGAGACGUGUCGGAGGCUGCAUCACCGGGCCACGUGGUGCUGCAGGUCUCGGCAAGUGACGUGGACACGGGGCCGGGCGGUUCAGUGCGCUACUCGUGUGUCAUGGAGUGUGGCAGCUUUGAGGUGCGUGCCCUGGACGGUGCCGUCACACUCACCAAGGAGCUGGAUGCAGAGACUGAGGCUCAACACGUGCUGACUGUGCUGGCCACGGACUCAGGCAUACCCCAGCUCUCCUCCACCGCCACAGUGGUUAUUGACGUUGUGGACUUCAACGACAACCCUCCAGCGUGGCGCCAGGACAGCUACUCCUGCCGCGUGUCGGCCGAGGCCCAGCCCGGCCAUGUGGUCACCUCGGUGUCUGCCACUGACCCAGACGCUGGUCAGGUCACGCCGCUCAGUUAUGCCAUUCACUCGGGAGACCGAGACGCCAUCUUCAAAAUGGAUCAGCUGACUGGUGUGUUGACGGUGACGGCCCCACACAAGCUCAAGGACGUGGCCUCCCUCACCCUGAACCUGUCUGUGAGUGACGGGGUGCACGCGGCCUUCACCGGCCUGCACGUCUCGGGGCUGGCCUCCAACCACCACGCGCCGAGGUUUAAUCGCACUCUAUAUGAAGCUUACGUGGAGGAAAAUUCAUCUCCUGGCCAGCUAGUCAUCAACCUGGUGGCCACGGACCUUGAUGCCUGGGACCUGGGCAAGCUGCAGUACACCAUCCUGCACCAGACUUCAGAGGGAGCCUUCACCGUGGACAAAGAAGGCAACCUAUACACUGAGACACCUCUGGAUCGCGAGUCCCUGCCCAUGCACAGCCUCAAGGUGUCUGUGAUGGACGAGGGGGGCCGGGCCAGCUUCACGGCGGUGCGUGUGACCGUCCGUGACAAGAACGACAACCCACCAGUCUUCAUGUUGCCAGAGUAUCAGGCGAACAUCAACACUGACGUGGCUCCCAGGACAACCAUUCUCAAGGUCGAGGCCAGUGACGCAGAUGAAGGGGCAAACAGUGAAGUGAGGUACCGCAUGUAUGAAGCCAACAGUUCUGAGGCACUGGAGCUCUUCUCGGUCAACCCCACCACCGGCGAGGUCACCGUGGCACAGACCAUCCGCAGCCGAGAAAAUGAGGUGUACCAGUUUUUCAUCCGUGGCGAGGACAGCGGCUCCCCCCAGCACCACUCCGACGUGCCCGUCACCAUCUUCCUGCUGCCCCCUCAUGAGAACCCCCCGCACUGCGCCAGGAAGUAUGCACAGUUCUUCAUCAGGGAGGACGCCCCCAUCGGAUUCUCCUACAUUGUGAGCACCUUCCCCCAGUAUUGUCACAUGGAGAAUCACGUGUUCAACGUCUUCAACACUGCACUCAGAUUAAACGCACGAGCCAUCAUCAACAUCGCCAGAAUUCCUAAUGUGGCCAUCAACAUGGAAAUGACUAACUGGAACACGCUCAUCGAAUGUCGGAAAGAAGAAUUCGCCAGGGCUAUUGAACACAGACGUGCCCUAGAUGGAGCCACACCUGUCAUGAUAGCUGUAGCCCUGCGUAACUUAAAAGCCUUUAAUUUCUUCAUGUCCAUCGAGCCCAAAGCAAAACUUAACACGGCUUUUGGUAAUUCCAAGACUACAAUGUCCUUUGUCAAAGGUGCCAACCUGGAUAUCAAGCCGUGA